AGCCUGAUGUCUAUUGGUAGUUGCUGUUAUAACAGGGAGGUUCCGCUGCCCUUGAUUAUGAGGGGCAUCUCAGAGCAGGGUAUAAUGGGAGCAGAGCUUGAAAAUAUGAAUAUAUGAUCUACAGUCCACCGUCGUUUGGAGGCACUUUCAAAUAGUCGUAGAAAUGAAGCUUUGGAGCACGGAGCACAUAUUCAGCUAUCCAUGGGAGACUGUGAUCAAAGCAGCUAUGAGGAAGUACCCCAAUCCAAUGAACCCUAGUGUUGUUGGAGUGGACGUUCUUGAUAGAAACUUGGACACACAUGGACGUCUACACAGUCAUCGGCUCCUCAGCACAGAGUGGGGUCUUCCAGGGAUUGUCAAAGCGAUUUUAGGGACAAAUCGAACCACCACAUAUGUACAAGAACAUUCCAUUGUGGACCCAGAAGAAAAAAAAAUGGAGCUUUGCUCAACAAAUAUAACCCUAACCAAUUUAAUAUCUGUUGAUGAAAGACUUGUCUACACACCUCAUCCAGAAAAUCCAGAGGUCACUGUAUUAACACAAGAGGCGAUCAUCACGGUGAAGGGGGUCAGUUUGAGCAGCUACCUUGAGGGACUGAUGGCUCUAUCCAUGUCAGCGAAUGCAAGAAAGGGAUGGGAUGCCAUUGAAUGGAUCAUUCAAAACUCUGAAAGGGAAAAUGUUCCUUUGUGUGACCUGUGUUGAACAGGCAUUAUUUCAUGAAGCACCUGUUUUUGGAUGGUACAAACCUGACAUGAUAAGUAGCGGUUGGCUUUAUCAUAUGCAUUGGUACUAAAGGCUAUUUAAUAACUUGUUUAUAAGCAGAUGGGGCAUACAUGUUUGUAAUAUAAAUAUACAUACAUACAUACAUACAUACAUGUUAUUAUUUAC